CACACACACACACACACACACACACAACCUCCCGUAUCAUCAAGUCCAGGAAAUGUGUCUUUGCUUUGCUCCUCUGCUCCAUUAAACCAGAUGGAUUUCAUCGCCGAUCGAAGUCGCUGUGGCAACAGCCUUGUUACCAUGCUCAGCGGGUGGAAUCAUCGUCACGACAACGAGCGGAAAGUGCUGACAUUGAAUGUGCUGUUGCUUGGUGACAUGCAGAGUGGGAGGAGCUCUGUGGGGAACGCUCUGAUUGGUGGACACGAGUUUCAGACAGGCACCUACAUCUCUGGUGUUUCCAUGACCACAGAGUUCCAGGUUCUCAGCAGAAACUUCCCGCGUUAUUUCAGACGACAGGGGGCGGAGUCAGACCUCACGUUGAGAGUGAUUGACACGUCACCUCUGCCGCCCCACCCGCAGAGUGUGCACGAGCUCUGUCCUGAGGGCGUGCACGUACUUGUGGUCGUUGUGAGAGCUGACCGGUCACAUGAAGACACACAUGUGGAUAAACAUGGGGAGCGUCUCUUUGGACCAGAGUGGCGUCGUCACGCCUUACUCAUUAUCACACAUGCUGAUUACCUGGAGAAGGCGGGACUUCACCCCUCCGUCUACCUAUCGCAGACCUCUGAUUGGCUGAGAGCUCUGUCCAAUGAGGCAGCGGGUGGAGUCUUGUUCCUGGACAACAGCUGCGAUUGGCCCUUGAUCAGAGGAGAACCGCUGAGAGAUGGAGUGCUCCGCCUCUCAGCCAGAAACCAUCACAGAGCUGUGAAGGUCAGGACAGAGUUCACACUCUGA